AUGAUGAUUGGCAAAAAAAGAUGUGCUUUGAAAUGAUGGCAGAACUAUGGAGAGCUAGGAAAUCUAGACUUGUAAAGGAUAUUAUCAAUGCAAAAAAUGAGAGUGAACGACUAGCCUUAAAGCUGGAUUGCAUAAAAAGUGAUGUAGAAUGGAGAGCAUUUGUUGCCAAAAAAAUUAGUAAAGAACAUUUGGAUAUAAGGGCCAAAUGCCAAGAGAGAAGAAAGAAAGCUGUUCCACACACCUUAAGUCGAAGAGGAUAUGCUCGAACAAUUGAUGAUAUGAAGAAAGAAAAUGAGGAUGGUAAAAUAUCUAGAAUCGAUGCUUUUCGGAGAGCCCAUACCAAGAAGAAUGGUGAACCUAUAAACCCAACGGCAUCUGAUAUUUUUGUCAAAGCUAACUGUUGUUAA